AUGGUUAAGGUCUGGAAUAUAGCACUACGUUUGCUAGUAUUGCUGUUUUUAGCAGGUAAUACCCUGCUGUUGAUUUUGAUGAUUAUAUCUGGUGCCACGGACCAUUACCCCGUGAACAGAUUCUAUUGGGUGCAAGGCAACACAACAGGCAUACCAAACGCUGGGGAUGAGACACGUUGGACGUUCUGGGGCGCCUGUCUACAGGAUAAAGACGGGUCUGAUACCUGCACAAGCGAUUUGGCACCUGCGUACCCAAUUUCACCAGUGGACAACUUCAAUACACACAUCAAUGUUCCCCAUCAGUUUAUUUCUAAAAGGGACGCUUUUUACUACCUGACUAGAUUUUCAUUCUGUUUCUUUUGGAUUGCACUGGCCUUUGUUGGCGUGUCGUUUAUCCUUUACAUUCUGACCUGGUGCUCUAAGAUGCUUUCAGACAUGGUUCUUAUUCUCAUGUCCUUUGGGUUUGUCUUCAACACGGCUGCCGUUGUCUUGCAAACGGCUGCCUCUGCCAUGGCAAAGAACGCUUUCCACGACGACCAUCGUAGUGCCCAAUUGGGUGCUUCUAUGAUGGGUAUGGCUUGGGCAAGUGUCUUUUUAUGUAUCGUGGAAUUUAUUUUGUUGGUCUCCUGGUCUAUUAGGGCAAAGUUGGCCUCUACCUACUCCAUCGACAAUUCAAGAUACAGAACCUCCUCCAAAUGGAAUCCCUUCCAUAGAGAAAAGGAGCAAGCCACCGACCCAAUCUUAACCGCUACUGCUCCUGAAGAGAUGCAACAAAGUGCAAGUGUAGUGGGGCCUUCUUCCAAUGCUAAUCCGGUCACUGCCGCUACGGAAAACCAACCUAAAGGUAUCAACUUCUUUACUAUAAGAAAAUCGCACGAGCGCCCGGACGAUGUUUCUGUUUAG